AGGCGUGUUCCAGCAGCUCAUCGUGGCGGGAGGCAACGACGAAGAUAUGCUGGCUCUCCUGGACAUCCUCAACUCGAGAGCCCUCGACAGCUGCUAUGCUGACGGUGCUGCCUCUUACUCUGCUGCUGACGAAGGUGGAGUAUCCCCUGGUGCUGAUAACGAAGGAGCUAGCGGUGGUGCCACCUCUCCUGAUGCUGACGCUGCUGGGGCAGAAGCCAGCAGAAGAAACACAUCCAUGACCCACGAUGAGCUCAUCCAGCUCAAAGUUGACGUUCUCAGGUCGCUGGUGACGUGCCUACGGGACUCGCACCGCAGCCGCGCCGUCUUCAGGAAGGUUGGGGGCUUCGUGCGGGCGCUGAGUGUCGUCGUGGGCAUGCGGGACGCUUUCAAGGACUUGCCCCCGCCCCCCUUCACGUCCACGCCCCCCCAGCUCCUGCUCGCCCUCAUAGGAGGCGUCUUCUCGUGUCUCACCACCGCCAUGCGAUACGAGCCCGCCAACGCAAAAGGUCCGUCGUCGAGCGCCCACACGCCCCUGCAGCAGGCGGCGCCCUUCGUCGAGUUCGACAUGAGCGCCGAGGGCUUCGGGUGUCUCUUCCUGCCCUCACUGGCGCCCCACAGCGCCCCUACUGGCGGGGCCAUGGGGGGCGCUGGGGCUGCGGCCGCUGUAGUGGGCGCGGGGCUCACAGGCCCCACUGGGGACCACAGCGUCACGGGGGGCAUUGGGACGGGGGACCGGCCGUUCCCCCCGCAGUCCGGUCUGAGCUACAGCACCUGGUUCACGGUGGAGCGCUACAGCGACCCAAGAAGCGACCCUCACAGCGUACGGCUGCUGACGGUGGUGAGAAGCAUACCAGGGUCCAGUGCACAGCUGCUGUGUCUCGUGGUGUGGCUCUCUGCCAGAGACAAGGCCCUUAUUGUGUCUACACAAGAGACGCCUCUGCCUUCUCAGUCACAAGCACUUCAAGAAAUAGAGCCGAGCCUUGCCCCUGACACUGGGUGCCGCGUGUGGUGCCCUGACUUGCUGACUGAAGGCCACUGGCACCACCUCGUCGUGGUCCUCAACAGGACCAUCCUCAAGACCUCCUCCCUCACCGUCUACCUGGACGGCAAGAGUGUGCACACGCAGAGGUUGCAGUACAUCGCCCUGAUGCCCGGGGGCGCGCCAGCAAACCUCAACGUCGCGGCCAACGUCUACGCCUACAUCGGCUCUGCGCCCCCCUACCGCCGCCUCUCCAGGCUGGUGUGGCGGCAGGGCGUCUGCCACCUUCUGGAGGAGGUGCUCUCCCCCGCCGCCGUGGGGCUGCUCCACCAGCUCGGUCCCCACUACACGGGGAGCCUGCAAGCCCCCCAGCUGCCUGGGUGCGAGGCGGGGGCGGCGCUGGUGCUGGAGGAGAAGGUGGUGCUGGGGCUGAACGCCGCGGCGCUGUCGCACUUCACCCUCAGCAAGAUACGCAAGUUCUACUCCAAAGUGGACAGCAAGGCCAUCGCCAAGCAGCUGGGGAUGUCAUCACACGAGAACGCCACCCCCAUCAGGGUGGUGCACAACAGCGCCGGCCACCUCACCGGGCCCGCCCGCACCAUGGGUGGGGUGGUCAUCGGGUACCUUGGGGUGCGGGUGUUCUGCCCGCGGCCCGUGGCUUCCGUCAUCCAGACGCUGGGGGGCACCUCGGUCAUGUUGGGUCUGGUGGCGAUGGCGUCAGACGUGGAGACGCUCUACGCGGCCGUCAAGGCGCUGUCCUGCGUCGUGCGCUCCAGUAAACCUGCCCAGGUGAGCAUGACCAGGUGCAGCGGGUACCAGAUGCUGGGGCAGCUGCUGCGCCGCAAGCUGCACCUGCUCAACACCCACGUGCUGCACCUGUGUCUGGGGCUGGUGACUGCGGGGGACGCCUCCCCCACCACCGCCACGCCCCUCACUUCCCCCGCCAUCCCCAACCUCCCCGCCUUCACUGACCUCGUCCUCGACCUCGAGCUGUGGUGCCGCGCCCCCGGGGAGCUGUGGAGGUCGCUGCUGGAGUAUCUGCUGGAGCUCGCCAAGGAGUCCCCUGAUCGACACAGCAACCUCCAGAUCAUGCGGUCGGUGGGUUUAGUGUCGCGCUUCCUGCUGCUGCUCUAUGACUUCGUCAGCUGUCGUGAGGGCCUCCCCACCACUAGUGGGCCCACCACCACCACCACCACCUCCCCAGGGGGCUACAGCUACGGUCCGGUCACCUCCCCUCUGCUGCACUCCCUCAUGACCGUCCUCCUCGCAGUCAACCCUCGCCCUGACGACCUGCUCAGCUACGGUCAGUUCAUUCUGGCGACGCUGCCCCCGCUGAGCGCCUGCGAGAAGGACGUCGAGGUGGACGCUUUCUUGUUCAGUGGGCGCCACUCCAAGGACGGUGGUGGCGAGAACCCAGGGGCGUCUCAGACCCCCAAAACGUCGUCCACACCUGCGUCAGGAGAAGCCCUCAGCUCCAACGGUAGCUGCUCCCCCGUGGGCAUCUCUCCCAGAGUCAUCGCCCUCAGGAACAAAUGCCUCGAAAUCCUGCACACGCUCCUCUACAACUCCAACAAGAACACCAUCCAUCUUGG